AUGCGUAGGAUGAAAAUGGGUGCUACCUCCACCAAAGGCAAAAUGGACAAGAAGGCCAAAAAUGGAAGAAGGAAAGGGAAAGGUGUUCCCCCGCGCGACUGUCCGCUGAGUCUUCUGCCUCACGAUAUAUGGGUGAGAAUUGCCGCAAGGGUUGCGUUGGCCUCGAUCCAGGAUCUGUUUAACAUGCAGGCGACAUGUAAGGUGUUUUUGGAUGCAGCCCGUUCAUCUGCGGUGUACAUGGUGGCCUCUGUGGCGGAGCUACCCAUCGCUGUCGGUACUCACUACGACGAACGUCCUGAGCGGGGGUUCCUCUAUAGCUGCGCGAACGCAGGAAAUUCCGCCACUAUGUUCUGUACAGGGAUGAUGGAAUUCUUCUGGAUUGGCCGCUACGUCGGAGGGAUGAACACCCUGAUUGAUGCCACCAAUACGGGCAAUUUCCACGCGCGCUACAUGUGUGUGAUGCUGCUACUUACACCCAGUGUCGGGCACGAGGAGUAUGUUGGUAGGGUUUUGAGAUGUAUACCAACGUACAGGCUUCUGAAAAAAUCAAAAUGUGCAGAUAACUGUUUGGGCAGCUGUUCACAAAUCCGUUGGUUGAGGUGA